CGCCUAGUUUUAAAAUUCUAUGCAGAUCUCUGCUGGUGAAUCGAGAGAUGCUUCCAAGUCAGUGUCGAUUGGCAAGUUCAGCUCGAAACAACAUGUCUGCUGCAAAGUUGAUUCUUUUCACCGCCCUUGUGGUUUUCCUGGCCUCCAGCUGCUCAGGUAGCCCAUUGGACUGGUUCUUUCCAAAACUUAUGAACGAAUUUUAUAGCCAGGAGCCCACCAAAGAAGGUUAUCGUUUUAAAUCGGAGGAUCCCAAUGGCAGUAGUCGGGAGGAAAUCGGUGUUAUCAUGAAUCCCGAUACACCCGAAGAACACUUGGUCGUGAUGGGUUCGUACACUACCUACGAUGAGAAAACUGAUACCGAGACCAUUACCAUGUACACGGCUGACAAGGAUGGUUACAAGCCACGUUAUAUGAUUAAGAACCGCAAGCUUUCGGGUGGAAAUCUGAAAUCUUUGGCUGGUUAAGAAAGACAGAUAGAAACAUGUAU